CUCAUCGCCGCCAUAUUGCGUUUGUGCUGUGGCGAGGGAUAAUGUCGCACUGUCCCUGAUUUUUUAAAUAUUUAUAAUAUUAUUAAGUAGAUCGACCUGAUUGUUUGCAAAGUGAAGUUAUAAGAUUCCUAAGUGUUGUGUGUAUUUUAACAUUUAUAUGACUUUUGGUGUUCGCUUAUUUUGAAAAGUAAAAUCGCCCUGGGUAAUACCAUUGAAAUAACCAAGUUACUAGUGAACGUCGAACGACUACCAGAAAAGUGUCAGCCACAGAACGGAGACUGGAUCAGGUGCUUGCCACAUGGAAUGUAGCUUGGUAUCAACAUGAAUGGGGGAGUGAAUGGAAUGAUGGAGGAGUCAAAGGAAGUCUCUAACAAUGACUCUCAAGAAGACUCAAAAGAGGUCAAAAUAGAUACCUCUGAAGAGGCUGAUCCAGAUAAUAGCCAAUGCGAAACGGUUGAUUCAGAUAGAACUUAUCAUGUAGACAGUGGUAAUGAGCCUGCAGAUAAUUCAAUCGCUGGUAUAACUGAAAAUACUAACAGUCUCUGCAGCGUUGAAAAUGAACUUGAUGAAUAUUCUACCGAAACUGCAUCGUUACCUACACUACAGGAAAAUAGCAGUACUAAAUCCUUAACAAACCACUGUAGCAACAGCAAUGAAUCAUUUGUAGACACUUUAGACAGUCAGUCCAAAUCAGAAAUCAUGCCUGAACAAGAGAAUUGCUUAACAACUCAACAAAAUUUUAGUAAUGAUUUUAAAAAUGACUGCUCUAGGGUUUUUGAUGAAAACAUUAGUAAAAUGGUUUCCAAUAAUGGGGUCUCUGAUGAAGCGGAUUCAGAAGCUGAUUCCGAUGACGAAGAAUUUUCUGAGGCGUCAGGCGAGCAAAGGGCAGAGGAAACAGUAAGCAUUAAUUCAGAAUCCGAGGUGGACGCCCAAGAUGAAUCCUCGCAAGAAAGUCAAAAUAAAAACAAAAAUAAACAUUUAUUGAUAUUAGAACAUGACAUAACUGGUAGUCAAAAUGGAAACGCAGAUGAUUGUUCCAGCCCUGAGGUACAUGAAAUUGUCAGUGAUAAUGAAGAUUGUGUCGUAGAAGAAAAACAAAAGCCUACGGAAAUUCAAGUACAGUUACGUCGAAGUAGUAGAGCUAUCAAAAGAAAGAGGUACGACGAUGAUAUUGAAAACGGAGAUUAUGAAUCAGAUAUUGAAGAAAUUGCUAUGGGGGACGCUUUAAGACGUAGAUCUAAAGCAAUUGUCAUCAAUGAUACAAAAACUUUAGUCGAAAUGGCAGCAAAACAAAUAAAAUCGGGAAUUCAAAAAAAAGAACCAACUGUAGUUAUUAUAGAUACUAAUUCUAUGUCUUCUGUUAAAGGGAAUACAAUUAGGAAAAAUUACAUUCCGCCAAGUAAUUCGGCAUUAAGCGCACAGAAUUUAUAUCAGAGUAUAGUUGCUCGAGGUACUACUGUGACUCCAAUAAGCAAUAAGAAUAGCAUGGCUUCUCAAAGUUCCUGCAACACUCAAACCUCAAUAUUGCCUUCUCUCACUGAUGAUAUGUAUGUUGUUGAGGCACCUUCUUUCAUUGUACCAUAUGUAUAUGAAAAACCUUCUGUUAAGCCGUUUAGAAAAUUUGUAGAUAAUUUAGGUAAUGAAUUAAAAGAGCAAAGAGCCAAAGAAGAGGAGGAAGAGAGGGAGAGAGAAAAAGAAGAACAAGAAAAAAAUGAACAAGACAAAAGUGAACAAGAAAAAAAUGAAAACAAGGAAAAAGAAGACGAAGAAGAAGCAUCAGAUGCAGAAACCGAAAUUUCCACCAAAACAAAAGAAGAUUUAGAAGAAGAAAAUAAACAAAAAAAGAGAGAAGAAAAGAGGGAACGUCGAAGACGUAGAAACGAUGACGACGAUGCUUCUUGGGAUGGUCAAUCUUCGACAGAUUCUGAUGACGAAAUAGGUAGUGAUGAAGAAGAUAAGACUGUUGUCAUAAAGGACAAAGCAGAUGUCAUCGAUGACAUUAAGGGUGUGACUGACUUAACUGUUGAUAAAGUAGUUACCGGAAAGUCUGAUAAUUACUUUGACCUUUCCCUCGGUAAGUUUUUUAUGAAUAUUGGCCUAAACCUUGUUCAAGAAUAUGUACAAAAUGAUCUACUGAAGCAACAAAACAGGAAACUUUAUAGAGAAAAAAAAGGAGGUCAUAGUACAAAAAUUACAGAAUCUUCUAUUGCAUCACUUAAGAAGAACUUAGAGUUCAGUAAAGAAAAUAAUGCUCCAUAUGUCUUUAAGCAACAUAAAUGUGAAUUUUGUAGUUUUAAAACUGAGUCUUCACUGGUGAUGGCACAUCAUCUUGAGACUCCACACAUGAAGAAUAGUGUUUAUAAAUGUAACUUUUGUGUCUACGAAAGUCGAAGCCCACACGAUAUACUGUAUCAUAUGGAAGCCGAACAUAGUACUCGUGGAAAAUUAGAAAGGGCACCGGCGUACCACCAGUGUGCGAACUGUCCCUUUGAAGACAAUGGGAAAGGCAAACUGGCGCGCCAUCUUAUUCCGUGCGGUAAGAAAUUCAAGCCCGAACUGAAUCUCGCGCCACCUAUUGAAUGGGAACCGCCAGCAAAAAUACCGAAGAUUGCUCGGGCUCGUAAUGCUAUGAUGGGUUCAUACCACAAUACUUUCCAUCGGGGUCAAGUAGGAAAUAAUAUAGGAAGACCUCCAAUGAGCGGCGUCAUGGCGAGUACCAGCUUUCGUCCGCGAGGCCGAUCUCCUAUGGGUAUUGCACCUAGAUCUACACCUGUUCAAGGCAUACCAAUUCUUCGGAGUGGGGUAAUGGUGAGGCACAACACACCCUCCCCUGUUUUGGUGUCACCGAAUUAUGCUUCGGUAGGUAAUAAUGGAAAAAACGCAUCUAUACCUAAAUCUUUGCACCAGCCAUCCAUUUCGAUAACACCAUUACCAAGGCAACCAGUUCCAACGCAACCUCCGCCUCCUCAGCAGAACAAGAGUUCAUGUGUUAUUUGUGAGAUUUGUGAUGGUUAUAUUAAGGAUCUGGAGCAACUAAGAAAUCAUAUGCAAUGGAUACAUAAAGUGAAAAUUCAUCCAAAAAUGAUAUACAACAGGCCUCCACUUAACUGCCAAAAGUGCCAGUUCAGGUUCUUUACAGACCAAGGAUUAGAAAGGCAUUUACUAGGCUCACAUGGCCUGGUUACUAGUUCUAUGCAAGAAGCAGCGAACAAGGGUAAAGAUGCUGGUCGAUGUCCGGUGUGUGGCAGGGUAUAUCAGUGGAAACUUCUUAAUCAUGUCGCACGGGACCACAAUCUUACAUUAAAACCAGCCCAUCUCUCAUAUAAGUGCACAGUUUGUACAGCAACAUUUGGCAUGUACAAGCAGUUUGAAAAUCACGUAUAUUCCGCACACAGUGUUGUCGCCAAGCGUGUGAUGGACAAAGGCAAGACGGCUGCACCCGUCAAAGCUGGUCAGUCGUUACUAAAACCGCUCAAAAUUAACGACGAAAUCACGAUUAUACCUCAACCAGUGAAAUCAACUACGCCACCGAUAAAAGAAAAAUAGAUGUAUGCAGUGCCGUUAGUGGCACAAAGCUUGCCGAUGUCUUCGCCGAUUCUUAAGAAUGGUUCGGGUCUUCAGGCCUUGUCAUUACUAGUGUACAUUCCAAUGUUUCCUAGUGUACACCCACCAACAAUGCGCUAUGUCGCUGUGUGCAAGGACUAGUUUAAAUUGAAUUACAUUUCCAUAAACAUAGGUCAAAAAUGUGAAUUAACAACGACCAUUAGACUGACUGUUGUUAUAGAGGUGUCUCAUGUAAAAUACUUUCAGUUUUCGCCAGCGAUAUCAUUAUUUCACACACAUAACAAUUUCAAAAGUUUCAUGAUCAGCUCGUUACGAGUCGUAUUACUAACACCGAUUCUAUAUCUUUUUGGAGACUGAUGUUCGAGUGCACGAACGGCACACUAUCGUAAAAUAAUGCCCCGUAGAUUAAGGCAUAUGUAAAUUUCUCAUAAAACUAUGGUAGAUUAUACAAAGCGUUUAAAGCACUAUUAUGUCACUGCCACGGCUUAAAGCCAGUGAUAUAUUGAGCAAAAUAAAAUUUAUACAAUCAAUGUGUUAAAAUAAUGAGUCAUAACGAGCUCACAGGAGAGUUUAAAUGUAUGAAUAUUUAUAUAUUCUAAAUCUUUUUUCGAUAUUGCAUUAUGAUAACUAAUUAUUCUGCAUGGAUAUUUGAAGUUGAGUUUACACAACCAAUGUGAUAUUUGAAGGUAAUGAAAAAAAUCAUUAAAAGACACUUCUGGAUAAAAAUGUACAUAAAAUUGAUGUACAUAGAAGAAAGUAAAGCGUAUAUCUAUUCUCAAAGCGGAAUACAAAAAGUAUUAAUUAUUUAAUUAAUUUGAUAAACGAGAUUACAGACUAUUGUAAUAUCAAGUGAACAAAUGUUUUUGUUAAAAGACUUAAAAUAGAUCGUUAUCAUGGCUAUUUCUAUAUGACAACAACACAUAGAAAUAAAUUUUAAUCUAUUGUCGAUUACACUGUACCUUAGAAGGAAGGUUUACAAUAUUAAAUUAACCCAUGUAUGCCUAGAACUAUUUGGCGCCGAUUUUAAUGAAGAGUAAUUUGUUGUAAUCCGGCGGUACGAAAACGACCCCAAUGGGCAGAGAAAGUUUAAGGUUGAUUAGCGGGCUAAUUUGAUCAAGGAAUGUGUUACACUUACAGAAAACGUAUUUUAGGGCCCAGUUCAUCCGUGGGGUUAUAUUAUUGCCAGAUAUAUAAAGAAAUGGAAACAAAGAAUAUAAAGAAUGAAACUUGUAGCAAAAACUUUAGUUAAUUUUAGAUAAAUACUCGUAAAUUUUUUAAUAUAAUUCUAAAUUAUGUAACAAUUUUGGAACACAACUCCCAUUCAAAAUGGGGCUAAUUGCUUACUAUACCGUAUUGUCAAUAUAUAAUGGAAUCCUCAUUCCUUUGCCUUUAACAUAAUGAAUUACUGACGACUACCUACUUGAAACAUCCAUCCAAAACGCUAUAUUUCCACAUCGCCUUAAGAGACUAGAUAUAUAUAAAUAAUAUAUGUACUUUUGGAAUGUAUAUCAACGUAUAGUCGCAGCCCAGAAACGUACCUCAAGAAUUUGUAAUUGUUCUGAGAAUCCCCCUCGAGUAAGAUAACAUAUUCGAAAAGUUAUAUGUAGUUUAAUAUAAAAAAAGAAUAUAUAUAUAGAUAGUAUUAACAUAUGUGAAUGUUACCGUAAAUACCUGAAAUCCGGCGUAACUAGAACGUACCUUCUCAUCGUUAAAUAUAUUGAAGAGUAUAUGCUUAUUAAAAAAUAACGACUUGCGAUUUCUGUUUUCGGGAUUUCGGUUAUUACAGUAGCAUAGAUAAGUAUAUGUCGGAUCCAAGUACCAAAUUUAAUAUAUAUUAAGAUCCGAUAGUUUUCUAAUUUAUAUAAUGUCAAAUAAUAUUUAAGUAUAGUCCGAUAUGAUAAAAUGCUUCUUGAUACAGCACAUUUUUCUUUUUUCAACAUUGUUAUGAUAUACAUAUUUUAGUAUUGUUUUAUGAAUCGCUUAUUUUAUAUAAAAGCAUAGAAUAUGGAGGCUUAGUAGCAUUAGCACCAGAUUCGUGCACGUUUACCAUAAAUAUAAUAGAUUAUAAAAAAUAAUUUUGAUUUCUGAGCGAUGUUGCAUCCAUCUUAAUUGUCGUUACAAUAAUUAAUCGUCUGGUCCACUGAGGAAAGGAUACAACUUUUGUUGCCAAUUUAUGAAUGGCUAAUAAUUGAUUAGCUUAUAUAAAAUAAUAAAUAUAUGAAUUUAGUAGUUCUGAGCUACUAAAUUUCAGUUUAUAUAGUAAGUUAAAGGGCCAGUUGAUUAAUUGCAUUGUUUAUUCAAUAAGAUUGAUCGACUUAUAAGAAUAUUGAAUAGCCUUGAUCCCGGAAAAUUGUAUUUUCAGAUUUUAAGCUAAUGUAUCCUUUGUUACAUGCGUUAACUUCAAUACCAAGGUUCAUCAAUGCUGAAUCUUAUUUAUAUUUCUUCAAUUGUUAUAUAGAUUUAAAGGGAUUGCUUUAAAAAAAGGUGUAUUAUCGGGACAUUAACUGUGCCUUUUUUGUGUGUAUAUAUUUAUCAUAUAAUAUAUGAAAAUUGAAAUGUACCAAACAGAUACUGCUUAAGCGGUUUGGUGUUUUUAAUUUCCUAAGGAUUUUCUCUCAUUUGCGAAAAAGCGCAGUUAGGCUACUACGUCAAGGAACUAUAAUAUUUUAUUUCUUAUAUAAGCACCGAUUAUUGGUACGAUUUGCGUUCAGGAUAUGCUUAUAUUAUAAUUGCCAUACGUUUUAUGCAAACUUGAGUUUGAAAAUACAUAUACUGGGUUGUAUAGAUUACACCAUCGAGUUGUAAUCCUACCUAAGGUACAAACUUAUAUAAGACCGUGUUCCUGCGGCUGAAUUCUAUAGGCUGUGUACUGAAAUAGAAAAUAAUUAUAUAUUUUUCUCUUAUUAAAUAAAUACAAAUUUCGUUGUAUUUAUUAAACAGUUUUAUAUUGUUUUUGAACAAGCACCAUGCUAGUUAAACUCACAGGUAUAAAUAUAAUUCAUUGCUAUAGACCAAUCAUAUUUUACUUAGUUCACCCAUUCGUUACAACUUUUACAUAUACUAAAAUAAACGGUGGGUAUGAAUGAAUAUCAGCCAUGAUGUCUUAAGAUUUAUUUUCAUUACCCGCAGACAUUAAUUAAAUUAAUAAGGCCGAAUUGAUAACCUCCUUAAAGUCGGCUAAAAAUAACAAAAAUAUAUAAACUAUUUUCUUGAACUUUAAAUAGUUUUUUUUUAGUCGUAAUUAAUUAGUUGAGAUAUUUUUUGAUCCAUGGAGUAUUUAUUUGGCCUUACCGUCACUUAUUUAUUUUAAAAUGUAAUUUGUUACUAAUAAGAUAUUCUACAAAUGGGUAAUGACUGAGAUACCGCUUUAUUUAAACUAAUAUGAGCAUUGAUUUGUUUCGACUGUUCACUAUUUCAUUUAUAUUACGAUCUAGAAUAUCUAAACAUGGCGAGAGACGGAGAAAGUAAUGUCAAGGCAUUCCUUAAUAAAAUUCUCUGUAGAAUAUCAAAGGUGCAUGGUUUAUAUUUAUUAUUAUUUAAUUUAGAUUGUUUAAUAUUAGUCUAAAGUCUAAAGAUGUUUUUUCUUUUUCGAUGUGUAGAUACGGCGUAUUCUGUUUGCGAACGUACGCCGUUUAUGAAGAUUUGUAACAUUUUUGUUAUCAUGUAAAUAUUUGGUAUCAUUUAAGUAUUUGUAAUAAAGAUACCUUACCAUGAUAA